AAAUUUAUUCAAGACGCAGAUUUUUAGUGAACACGUCACGCAACGCCGGUCAAAUUUGACUGCGAAUCACACUUUGAGAUCAAACAAGGGAACAUAUUCAAAUUGAAAAGAGGUUGUAUGUAAUCAGUAUUGAAUAAAUGUAAAUCGUGCCUUCUUUCGCAAACACGGCUAGGCUUGCAUAUCACAUGCGACUUCGUUCGAGUCACCCAGCUAUUUGCUACAUGCGAGAACAUUGGUUGUCUUGGGGAGUUUUGUCCGUACGAAAUUAGCUCGAGAGUCCUUCGUGUUAAUGGAGUGUCAUCGAGUGAUCGGAUGUUGCCCCCGUGGUAUAUAUAAAGCCCGACAAGUUGUACUCGUACAAUGCUAGGAAGAGAGCAGCGCUUUGUGAGUUUACUUCAAAUGCUUUGAAGCGAAAGUCUGCCCGCUAGGAAUAUACUUAAUCUAUGCCGCUACUUCAGUGUCAGUGGCCCUUGCAAUAGCUUUGCAUAAGUUUAGCCUUUGUUUUCCAAUGAUUAUUCCACAAUAUUUCAGUGAUUUCUUGUUCUUUUUUAGGUGUUGUGCAUAUUUGGAGUUGUUCUGGUGUGUUUGCACACAUUUACUGUUGUUAAAACAAGCCCAGCAAGCCGCAAAGCAUCAACUAGUUUACAACGUCUGAAAAGAAAUCUCACAAUUCUAGCGAGAGCUUUCAACGUAACACAAAAAUUUGCGGACCCUCCUAAGCAAAGUAAAUUUGGAAAUCACUGUUCGAAAGACAAACUCGCCUCCGUCUUAGAUCCAUAUUUAAUAAAGGCUGUUGCGACUAAUACUCGAAGUAUUAGGCUUUUUUCAAAGAACAAUUAUUUCCUUCAAAUAACGAACGAUGGAUUCGUAAACGGGACACGAAACGAGAAACUGCCAACCGGUAAGUCAACUGUAGCUUCGUUUUUUGUCAAACUUUGGAGGAAACUGCCGAUCUUUUUAACCGUUGUUCGAGAUGAAGGCUUCCUUGACCUUCACACAUGUUGUUCGUUCAUUUUGUUUUGAUCACAUUAUUAUAAUAUAGUAUAGAAAACACGAAUUGUUUACUUCUCGUGACUCGCUAAAUCGGAUUAAAGAGCUCCUGGAUUAUGAAAUGGCUCAUUCAACUGUUCUUAGUAUUUAUUUAUGAUAUUUACUUUGCCAUAGGUGUAAACGAUUGCUCGAAGUCGAAGAACAAUUACGCUUCUGUUUCUUUCCUUCCCAUUUGCGACAAAUGGCGCGGAAAUUUCGACAUGUCAUUGGCACUACAAAAGCCUGCACAAUAGUGAAUAGGUCGGAAGAGGCAAUUGAAAAGCUAUAAGACACUUCUAAAGAAACCUUGUAGCUAUUUAUAAAGCCUGACUUAGCGCAGGAAAUUGUUUUUCUUUCGUUCGUGUCCCUGCGAGAUUUUAAUAGUACAGAGCGAAGGUGUCGCGCCAUUUUAAUUUUUAACGUGUUUUGAAUUCUGCUCGUGAAAAAGAAUUUCUGUUUCUCACGGCAAGUUACAUUCGUGUUUACCUAACCUGUGUCCUCUCGUUUUGAAAGACGCGUGUAAAAGUAUUUCUUUGAUAUUGUAUGUUUCCAUUUGCAAGAGAUUUCUUUCAAGCGACCCUUCGGAGGGGUCGAAAAACACGCUUGAUUACUGUGAAUUGAAGGUUAUGAAACGGACUUCUGUCGGCCAUAAAGUAGCUACAAAUCAUCUUUUGACAUUUACAGGUUUUUGUAUUUACAUUAAUUACAAACGAAAUGAAUGCCAAAAUGCCAUCCUGCUUUCAUCUUGUGGGCGUUAUAUUUACUCCAAACAUGUGUCGCUGUCAAGACAAUCCCACACUUCGAUAAAAUUGAAAUCUUGUCAUCAAAAUUCUGAAGUCUUCUGUAUUCUUGUUUGCCUGCGACUUUUUAAAAUGCAAUUGAAGAGUUGUUGCAUCCGUUUUUGCCGAUUUUACGAAGUGAUGGACCAGCAAAUGAACAUUUUGAAUACAUUGAGUUCUUGCCAAGUUCUUUAUACUUUGAUUGGUUUCGUUGCCACGGUUUCGAAAUGGGAAGAAAAGCUUUUACAAGUGAAAAAACUCGUUGGAUAUUGGUUGAAAACUUCCAUGAAUUUUCCCAUGUUCUUGCGAAUACCCCCAAGAACGUAACUUUAUAAAAAGAAUGUCGAAAUUUGAUUCAUUUGGCUUUACUUGUAUUGUUCCGGACUCAUCUAUUUUUGGUUGUGUUUAAUGUCAUUCAGUUUCGACUGUGAGUCUUUCCCGACUUCAUUCUGAACAAACAUUCCUUGAGCCAAUUUAGUACGGCGGUGAGAUGAAACGAAACAGGCUUAGAAAUAUUAUUAGGUGUCAGACAUUGUCUUUUUCUAUUUGGCUUCAUCAUUUUUGUAAUAUAUGAGAUAUUUGUAACGUGCAGAAAUGUCCAUGAAUAUUAAAUAAUGUUUUUACAAAUAAUGCCAGUAAUAGUAUAAUUAAAAUUGGCGGCCAUUUUUUUCCCCGAUUUUUAAAUCCAAUUAUUUUUCGACUCAAUUUUGUUUGCUAAAUCGUGCUAGAAAUACCCUGCUUUAAAAUAAGAAUGUUGUAUCAAUGUUUUCUUAAAUGCAUAAAAAUAUUUUUGUUUUUACUGUAAAUGUCCUGUGAAAGUUUUUAAUAUAUGUCUGGAUUCCCACGACGUUAGACAAGCGUUUCCGGUUUCGUGGAUUUUUUUAGCUUAUUUUUCCCAACAACAUCAGUUGGAAUAUUGUCGAAAUGUGUAGUGGAAUAUUGUCGAAAUGUGUAGUAGAAUAUUUUGCUUCGUUUAAACUUUGCAUUAUCAAAGUAUAAAAUGUCGAAUCCUUCUAAGAACAUUUAACAUUUUCCAGAAAUUCGGGCUAUUCUGAGAAUUAGCUUCCUUUUUUUUUAAAUUAAAGAAAAUUAAACAUUUCUCACCUGAAUCUUCAAAAGUAAAAAUUUUGAUGGUUUUGAAAAUUUUCCCCUUACCGUCGAUCUGAUAUAUUUUGAGAAAUUUAUAACAAUGGGCCCCAAAUUUGAGGUGGCCACCCCUUGACCACCCUGACGGACAGGAUGGCCGUCAGGGUGGUCAAGGCGUGGCCACGGUACUGAUAGAUCGAUCGAGAGACAGAUGAUUUAUCUUGCGCGUAAAAGAUACCUAUAAUUCGUUUGAUAAUAGAUUUUUAAUGGACCUUUUUAUUCUUUAAAUUUCAGUUAUGUUUCAGCUGCAAUUGGUCUGUGUUGGUCUCGUUAGAAUAAAAAGUAUCGCAACGGGUAGAUAUUUGGCCAUGCAGAAAAACGGAAAACUCCGUGGUCAUGUAAGUAUAUUAAUCAAUUGCAUUAACUGAACUAUCAAAGACUCAGUCUGCGUGGAUCUCAAGUCUGCAUGAAUCAGUGACUUAUAUCAUAGUUUGGGCCAAAAAUUAAACCUGCAUGGGAGUACAACCUGGAGACAAAAAUUUCCUGCAGACCAACGGAGUAUUUUUGUGCUAAAUCUGCAUGUGCGUAAACAUAUAGUGUUCUAGCUGACCAUGGUUUUAAAUUCAAGAAAUAAUGUCUGUCAACCAUAUGUUGUUGGGCCCAUAGUGGGGCAUGGGGUGUUAAGGUUUCCUUCAAAUUUUCAAUAGCAAAUCUUCAUUCCGAAUUAAAUUUCCUGCGGCUGUUUAACAUUUCCUGCGAGCAGUGCUCGCGUACUCGCUUAUUUUUUCCAUCCCUAACCAUGAAUGUGAUCAGUUGGCACCGAUAGUCAAUGGCGGAUUCUGAAGUAGCCUACGGUGUAGACCCCAGCAGAAACACGUUCGCCUGGGGUGUACACCGUAGGCUAAUUCUGAAGAGGUUUAAGGACGAAACUAGUAAGCUGCCAAUUUAUAUUUAACGAGUGUCGAAAGAGAUUUUUAGAACUUUUAGUAUUUGAAACGUUUAGCAUUUUAACAUUUUAUAUUACGCUUUUUAAGUGAUGCAAUAGAAUAAGAAGGCAGUAUGGAACUCGAUGCCGACAUAAAUAAUAGACCUCCAUUGACUCAUUAUCUAUGUUUUUGUCUUGGGUUAUGUAAGAAACGGUCGGUUCAUCGUCUCGUGUGUAUUGUAUUUUUCAGGCCAUAGAGCAACGAAUAACAGUGUGUUGGUUAAACUUGAAACAUAGCUAUUGGUUGCUCUAGCGAAAAUGCAAUACAACGAACCGAUAAAAAUGAACCGAAAAUACAAUACGAUGAACCGACCAUUUUUUGCAUAAACAUAGAUAAUGAGGUCUGUUAUAUGCGUGUACCAAAUUUGUUUAAACUGACGAUGGAUUUCUAUAAGUUCGAAUAAUAAAAUAAUUUUAAAAUUUGCAUGGAAUGACCUAUUGCUAUGGUUAUAGAGCGUUUGCACUCAUUCCCCAGGGAUCAACUCGCUACAAAAGCCAUGGCGGCCAUUUUGGAUGUCCAGACAAAAGAGUCUAAUUAAAAUUAUUUUGAAUUGGAACACCAGCAUGGCGGCUGUGACGUCAUGUGCAAACGCUCUUUUGGUUACGGCUCAUUCAACGCAAUUUGUACGGUUAAAUUAACCCAGAAUUUUUUAUCCUUUAUCCCAUUAGAAACAUCGCUCGUUUGAAACAUUAUUUAUCACAAAAGAAGUGGAUUCAUAUCAUUGGUACAAGUCGUACAAAUAUAAAAAGUUUGUCGCCAUUCGUAAAAACGGCACCCAGAAACCUGCACGUCAAACGGCGGUAGAUCAAAAAGCCGUGCUGUUUCUUAACUACUGAUGUAUGUCGAUGUCCAGCGAAUCAACUCGUCUCGAGUCUUCGUGCGUGAGGAGUAUAAAGGGAUAGUAUUGUACCUUCAUGUACCAUGGUGUACCAGUGUGGAUAAAGGUAAUGAAAUGCCAAUCUUAUCCCAGAAGCGUUUUAACCCAAAAGCGUCUUUAAAGUUUCGAAACGGAAGUUCUUGGCUGUGUUUAAAGAACUUUCGUGUAACUUAUUAAGUACUAAAUAGGACAGUGUGUGUGAUUAUUCGUGUUAUUUGAAGUUCAACUUCCAGUUUGGACAGUUUUACCACAACAGUGGACGGUGGUACAUACUGUGAAGAUUUUAACGAACUGCGUUAUAUAUAAAUGAUUACGUCAUGGGGGCGCGCCUUUGUGCGCUUUAUUCAUAAAUGGUAGUUAUGUGCGCAUAUGGGCGCAUUAUAUGCAAAUCUCGAGAAUGGAGCGAAAAGACGCAUUACUCUACUGAAAAACUCAAUUUCCGCGCGAAACAUUUUAUACGCGCGCUUGUUAUGCAUAUCGUUUAUGAACUCCGUGAGUUCGCUUGCGUUGCCGCGCGAUAUUUUAGCAUCGCGUGUUAACUGACCUAGUCAUAAUGUAAGUAGUAAAUUUGGUAAUUAGGCGUUUUGCUUGUGUGUGUGCUUGUUUUCGGACACGCAAAAUCGUUUUAACGCACAGACUUACCCUCCGAUUUUAAUUUCACGUCAACAUGGGCCCUUUUGGACUUUGGCAAAUAAAACCAAUGCUAU